AGAAGACAGCGCCAACCAGAAGCGGUGGUGUGGAUGUUCUGGUGUUUUCUGCUAAAUUGCAGCUUAAGUUUUAAGGUGCGCUUCAUAACAGCUAUAGCGUCGCAUAAGUCCAGCUUCCUGCGAACGUUUUUCUGCUUUAUUAAUGAUUAAUCCAGGUGACAAGAAUAUUGUAGGCACAGAUCAUGCCUAUAAUAGCUAAAAGAUGUGGGAUUAAGUUUGAUCCACCUUCAGUCAUCCUCAUAUAUGAAGAUGAACAUACAAACAAGUUGCGUAAAAGAGUAAUUCCAGUGAGAAGCUUUUCACAAUUCUCAGACUGCAGCAGGGCUGCAGAGAGACUGAAGCAUCAUUCCCGUCAUGGACAUUACCUGGACUCGGUCUCAUUGGAGCAACUGGUGAGGUUGCACACAGUGCUCCGGGAUCACCUGCGAGGUCUCAGUGUGGAGGAGAGUCUGAGAGAACAACGUCACUCUCACACACAUGACGACGAUCUCAACAAGCUCAGUGACGAAGAACUGAACCGUCGCAAAGCAGAAAUGGACGUACUGUUUGAGCUCAACCGGCGCCACAAAGAUGACCCAGACUUUGUAUACGACCUCGAGGUGGAGUUUCCUGAAAACAGCGUACGGGAAACCUGCAGCUGGGACCACUCAGAUGAAGAGUUUUGAAGAGUAGGUAGUGCUGCUGCCUCACAGCUCCAGGGUCCCUGGUUCCAUCCUGAUCUCGGCUUACUGCCUUCUGUAAAGUUUCACAUAUUUUCUCGGGGUUCUUCAGUUUCCUCUCACCUCCCAAAACCAUGCCAGUAGGUGGCUAGUUAAAUAUUUAUUUAUAUAAUGUUUUUUUUUUUAAUCAUCUAUUUCACAUAUCUAUGUUAAAUAUUUGAACAAAUAGCACAGUAAAACAAAACUGGACACUUUUAAAUGAGAGCUACUGAACUGGACAGUAUAAGACCACAGACAGGACUGUGCAUAUAUUUCAUGCUUCCAUAUUCAGGAAGGAUAUUUCAUAUCCUAUAAGUUCUGUAAGUUGUAUUUUUGUUGUAGAAUAGUUUUGAUAGAUACUGACCACUGCAGACCGGGAACACCUCACAAGAGCUGCAGUUUUAGAGAUGCUCUGAUCCAGUGGUCUAGCCAUCACAAUUUUGCCAUUGUCAAACUCGCUCAAAUCCUUACACUUGCCCAUUUUUCCUGCUUCUAACACAUCAAUUUUGAAGACAAAACGUUUACUUGCUGCCUAAUAUAUCCCACCCACUAACAGGUGCCAUGAUGAGAUAAUCAGUGUUAUUCACUUCCUGUCACUGCUCAUAAUGUUAUGCCUGAUCAGUGUAUCUCAGUAAAAUUAAUAUCUCACAAUAAGACAAUUUAAUGCUACACUGCCUAAUCAGACAUUGACUCUCUUGUGUCAGCUCUUUUAAAACUUUUAAAGACCAUGUUUUUUCCCCUGCUGAAAAACAUGAACAGAUGCAGUAUUUCUACAAAAAUGGGUCAGUCAAAAGC